UUCUUUUAUCAUAAGUUAAUGUUCUCAUCUGUGAUAACCACUUCUGCUCCAUCUUUUUCACUGUAAGUCUUUCCUCUUGUGUGGUUUGUUUCUGUAGUAAUAAUUGUCCCCUCCUGCUACAAUGUUGUCACGCAAAUGGAAAAAAAAGGCAGUACAAAAAUAUCUGUGAUGUAGGCACGCAAAGUAGGAUCUGUCYGUUAAAAUCAGGAUUAUCAGAGAUGCUAGCAGAGCGACGUGACACUGUAGGAGGCAGCAUGCACUGAAUGCUUGGAGACGGGCAGCAGUUGCUUAGCAAAGAGAAGGAGACACCGAACAUUUAAGGAGCAGAAAGGGGAGGCAACAUUACRGCAUAAAGGCAGAGGAAACUGUGAGCCGGGGGAAAAUGGACAGAACAUCAUGAAUGAUGAGCUUAAACCAGCGGAUAAAGUCAGCUGACUGCUCUGUGUUUGGAACAGGUUGACGCUUAGAGAAAAGGAGAAAGGAGUGGGAGGGGUAGCGGUACCAUCACAGCUGAAUGUAUAAUCAGCAGCUGCUGCUUCUGUCAUGUGAGCAGUAGCAGGGAGGGAAAGAGAGAGAGAGAGAGAGAGAGAGGGAUGGAGAGACUGGAGACACAUUGUUCAUUUAGUGUAAUAUUCUGUUUGGAGAUGUAUGGAGCCAUGAAGACCUAAAGACAACAUGAGAAGCAAGCUUCUGCUCCUGGCAGCUCACCCAGGACAGAGUGUCACAGGCAGGUUGUAACGUGGCAACCCCUGCUACCUCUUUGCUUUCUCAUCCUUGUGUAUCGCCACUGCAACUCUAGUGUAUUUUUAGCAUGACAAUCCCUAGGAUUGCUAUGGCUGAUUCAUCUUUUCUGCUUUUGGGAUCGGUUCUGUUUUUUACAAAAUGUGCAUUUUGCUCUGCUUUCAUSCUUUUCUCUUCCAACCUCUCUCCUGUGAUUCCUUAAUGCACUUGUUUUCACAUGCUGUAAUGGCAGCCUUUCUCUGGGGAAACAACUAAUCUGGCCUACUCCCAGGAUGCCUACCUCCGUGGCCACAGCAGCUACAAAGGAAAUGCCUGUCACAUCCCUAACCCACCUCCAGUAUGCUACCCCAGAGUAGACUAUAAGCCUGCGGGCAUGGCCCAGGCAACAGACUCAGUGGGGCAAGUUUGCCGAGGGCCAACGGCACCUCUUGACCAUGGGUAUCGUAAGGAGAUAACUAUGCCCCCAUCUCCUCCUCAUCAACCAUAUCCUAAAAGCCAAACAGCAGUGUGCAUGCGCAAUGACAGCAUUAGGACUGUGGUGGUUCCCUCUAAUACAGCACAUAUGGGGCACAUGGUACCAGAAAGAAGGAUGGAUUUUAUAGACCCUGUCUUUGUUAGGGGAAGACCUGGGUCACUGGCCCAAUAUCCUCAUUCUCGAAAAGCUGAURUCUAUCCUGGUGAUCCAGGAAUGGUUCCGUUUGGGGGUCAGGCACCUAAUUAUUCAGGCAACCAUCAAAACAUUGAUUGGCGCACUUACCAAACGUACAGRGAGUAUAUUGACAACAAAGGCAUUCAUUCCCAUGCAAGUCGGACCAUCCAGGAGAGGCUGGACAAUUUGCGAACUGCCAGUCAGGCCUCUUUCGUUAAUCCUCAUCACAUUCCUCAGGGGAACUGGGCACCUAAGGAAAUACGACGCAGGAGUACUUCCCAUGAAAGAUCAUACUACAGACCUCCACCCCAACUUCAGAUUGCCCCACGCAGUGCCUCCCAGGAUCGUAUGGGAAAUGCAGAAAAGAUGAGCCAAUCAAGGAACUGGCCUCCUCGAAGUGUGUCCCAAGACGGCCUUGUUCUGAAAGCUAGGGCUCGUUCUGUGGACUAUGCUGAUGCUGAGAUUCGGCCUAGUGAAAGGAGAGGGGUCUAUCCAAGAGCAGACCAAGGUACAAGACCAAGCAGACAGGCAAUCCCCAGAAAUGCUGUACCAGUUAGGACUUCUGCUGGAUACAGUGCUGGCAUGAGAGGGGUAUCAAACCCUUCCCUCUACUCUAAAGGACCAGACUCACUUCAGACCCGUUCCUCACCCAAAGUCUCCCACAGGCCCUUGGUUUUUGGAAAGAGCACAAGUUCUGAACAUUCUUUUAUUGACCAAAGAAUUUCAGUCAGAGGACACCAAUCAGGCAUCCCUAACCAACAAGGCCAGAGCAGGAUGCGGGCAGAAACCAUGCAGCCCACCGAAGCAGGCAGAGACUCAGCAUUGGUAGGGCUCAGGUCUAUGUCGUGCUCAACUUCAAAAGAACUGCCUCAGAAGCCUGGCAUCCUCAAAAUACAGCAAGACUAUCAAAGUCAGGUUAAUGGUCAAAGUCCAACAGAAAAUUCUGUGGUUCUGAGGGAGAAAUCUCAUGCUGGGAAAAGCCCCAGCCCCUUACGGCAACAUUCGUACAUUCUGGCCGUAAACGAUGAUGGACCAGACUCUACGGCAGACUCUACGAUCUGGCUUCCAAAUGAUGCACGCAGAGAGAUACACAUGCGUCGAAUCGAGGAACAACGUCACACCUCCUGCUCCAGCAACCUGGACGAAUCUCUGGACUCCAUUCCAUUCAUCGAUGAGCCAGUCAGCCCAAGUGUUGACCGAGAGGCUGCUCCUAUUCCUCCCUCUGCUGUAAUAUCUGUCCCACCAUCCAUAGCUACAGCACCCUCGAGCCAAGGUUCUCCGUGUCCUCCCAUUCGCCGUCAGCUGUCACAUGACCAAGAGUCUCUACGAAGCGCUUUGUUAGACUCGGACUCAACCAGUAAAACGGAGCGAUCGAAGUCCUGUGACGAGGGUUUGGAUGUCUAUCAGGAAGUGACAAGAGAAAGAUCUUCAAGUAAGCAUAUGCCCAGUUUCAGGGGCCUAAGAAAGGCUCUGGAUGGGCAUAAAUCAUCAGGGGAUUCUGCAUCUCGAGAGGACCCCUCUUCAGAUGUUUUUCCUGACUCUUCCAAAGAAGGGCUGCUUAAUUUCAGACAGUUUACUACAGAUAAAAACAAGCGCGUUGGUGGAGGCAUGAGAUCCUGGAAGCAAAUGUACGCUGUUUUGCAAGGUCACACCCUGACCCUGUACAAAGACAAGAAGGAAGCGCUCUCUCACGCUUCAGCACAACCUGACGAGGACCCGCUUCAAAUCAGCAUCAAGGCCUGCCUGAUUGACAUCUCCUACAGCGAAACACGACGCAAGAACGUGCUGCGAUUAUCCACCUCAGACUGCGACUACUUGUUCCAGGCUGAAGGGCGGGACGACAUGCUUUCAUGGAUCAAAGUCAUUCAGGAAAACAGUAAUCCCGAUGAAGAGAACGGUGCCGUAACAAGCCAGGACUUGAUCAGUCGAAAAAUCAAAGAGUACAACAUGAUGAGCGCUCCCAGCAGCAGAUCAGAACCCUCCCCCAAAACAGCUCGGCAGUCGCUCAGCAUCAAACAGGCGAUUCUGGGGGGUAAAUCGGACAGCAAGCUCUACAGCCCCCAUUCGCCUAAAACUGGAGAGGAGCGGAGGGCGUUGAAAGGUAGGGCUCUGUUCUGCAACGAGUCCAGUCCUCCUCGGGAYAGGGACAGGUCUUGGAAAAUCGGCAUUGCGGGGAUCAUGAGAAAGCCCUUCGAAAAGAAGACCCCAGCUGGCAUCACGUUUGGUGUUCGGCUGGAAGACUGUCCAGCCGCUCAAACAAACYCGUUCGUCCCUCUCAUAGUGGAGGUGUGCUGUAAGGUUGUGGAGGAGCGAGGACUGGAGUACACCGGGAUCUACAGGGUUCCUGGCAACAAUGCUGCCAUCUCCAGCAUGCAGGAGGAACUCAACAGCAAAGGCAUGACUGACAUCGACAUCCAGGAAGACAAAUGGCGGGAUCUCAACGUCAUCAGUAGUUUAUUAAAGUCAUUUUUCCGAAAACUUCCAGAACCUCUGUUUACAAACGAAAAGUACGCUGACUUCAUUGAAGCCAGCAGAACCGAAGACUCAGUGGAGAGAUUAAAGGAGCUGAAGAGGCUGAUCUGUGAAUUACCUGUUCAUCACUUUGAAACGCUGAAAUUUCUCUGUGCUCACCUGAAGAGGGUUUCUGAAAACUGUGAAAAGAACAAGAUGGAGCCGCGUAACCUGGCGAUUGUGUUUGGUCCGACGCUGGUCAGAACUUCUGAGGACAACAUGACCAACAUGGUCAAUCACAUGCCAGACCAGUGCAAGAUAGUGGAGAACCUCAUCCAGCAGUUUGACUGGUUCUUUACUGAAGACGGCACUGAGGAUCCUGUUACCACAGCUGAGCAGGAAAACACAGUUCAGUCUCAGCCUGUGCCCAACAUCGACCACCUGCUCACUAACAUUGGGCGAACUGCACCCUCACCWGGUGAAGUCUCAGACUCAGCAUGUAGUGACCCUAGCAAACCAAAGGUCUUGGAGCCGUCAGGGAAGGAUCAGUGUAGCAAAGAAAUGCUGCGCUCUUCCUUCUUCGCCAGCCGCAAACGGAAGAAGCUUAAGUCUAAGCCUAAGCUUCAACACCACAGUUCAGAUGAUGACCUGGACCAGGUUUUCUCCAAAACGGAGCUCCCAGAGGAGGACUGGCAGCAGCCUCUGUGGUCCCAGGACAGCCGGACCGAGGACGAGGAGCAGACGGACGGAGCGAGUGAACCGGAGAAGCAGAGGAGGAGCUCAGAGGAGCCGCUGGAGAAAUCCACCUGGAAGGAGUGUCAGCCCACCCCCUCUUUGUGUUCAGAGCACAUCUCCUCCCUUCAGACUGCCUCCCCCUCCCCCUACGCCUCGCCUCCCCCCUCUCCAAACCUCAGCUACAUGCGCGCGGCUCGCCAGUCGUCCCUGUCCGACCCGCACUACGACGACGCUGUGUCCGACCUCGGUACGAUGAACAGCACCAGCUCUCAGGCGUCGGUGCCCAGAGCGCGGCCCGGCAGGACGGCGUGUCCCAGCGGGCCGGGAGCGGAGGUUUGCUCCAUCACCUCCGACUACUCCACCACGUCCUCCAUGACUUUCCUAACCGGAGCCGAGCUCAGCACCCUCAGCCCUGAAGUGCAGUCCGUGUCCGAAAGCCGGGGCGGAGAGGACGCAGACGACGAGCGGAGCGAGCUCAUCAGCGAGGGAAGGCCGACGAUGACGGACAGCGAGAGCGACCUGUCGGUGUUCACCGUCGGGAAAGCCGAGCCGCGAGAGGAAGCUCCUCGCCCCCUGCCCUCUCACAGACUCAUCGAGUGCGACACGCUGUCCAGAAAGAAAACUGCCCAGCUGAAAACCAACAGCGAGACCUCGCUGGACAGUUCGCACGGUGACAGAGAUUCAAACAGGUUGUCGCAUGGGGCGACUUCAGCAAAAGGUCGCUCCUCCGGAAGCCUCAGCUCAUCGUCCCGGACCGAGCUGGAUAAAACGGAGCCGGCGUGGAGGCCGAGGAUCACGGACCGACUGAAGGUACGUCUGAGGAUGUCCGCGGACGACAUGUUCGGCGUGGGCAGCCAGAGGAAUCAGACCCCGGAGGCUCGCAGCAAGAAGAAGAACAUCCGGCGCAGGCACACGAUGGGCGGGCAGAGAGACUUCGCGGAGCUGUCCGUUCUGGGAGACUGGUCGCAGCCGGUCGGUUCCGGCUCGCGCUCGGAGCUGUCCGCUGUAGACCGGCUGAAACCAAAGUGCAGCUCUCAGGAUUUCUCCAUCGGGGACUGGAUCGCUCGGGAACGCCACCGCACCAGCAACCCCGAGGUUAGCCUGGACCUCCUGGAACAGCAGGGGGCGCUGAGCAACACGAACCCCCAAAACCCCGAGGCGUCGUCUUCGUCYCGCCUCGCCUGUCGUCCCGCCGAGGCGUCAAACGAAGAAUUCUCCCUGAGUAAAAACCUGAGCCUUUCAGCCACCGCUCAUCCACAUAAACUCACCAGCUCCCAGGUGGUGCAUUCACGCUUCUAUCAGUACCUGUGAGAGAUGUGUGUGUGCGUGCGUGCGUGCGUGUGUGUGUGCGUGUGUGUGUGUUCUCUGUAUUUGGGAGUCUGUCACUAUAAUCUGUCAUGUGACCACUUUUGGUGAAUGAGCAUGUUUACAAAAGUCUUCUAGAGUGUGUAACUGGUGUGAGUGUGUUUGUUGUUUAAAAAAAGAGUUGCUGCACACAAGAAUUGUUGAUCUUUCUUGUGUAUAAGGCAUGGAACAAAACGUUUUUAUCUUUUUUUAUUGUUUUUGUUACAAAUAGAGGAGUGAUUCCUCCUACAAACCUCUGCUGUGCUGAAAAGGACCUGAUGCCCAUGAAACACUGAAGUACGAUCCAGGAGUCAACACUAUGUUUUAACGCUAAGAGGCUUUAAGGAACCUGGCCUGACUCAGAAUAAUAGGAAGUAGUGGGGGAAAAAGAAAUUUUAUUAUUGCAGAGGAACUAUUUUUGUGUUAAAGUCAGUGAGUUUGUUGGUAACCAAAUGAAGAAUGUACAGACAUGCUUGCUGUAAUACAGACUAAAAGCUUUACAUGCUUGUGUUUUCCUUCUGAAAUGUACAUAUUCCUAUUUUUCUGUGUACUUGAAUUGUUUCAGGUUUUUUUUGGUACAGCCUGUGUGUGACUGCCUACAAGCUCUCUGCUGUCUAAAGAGGCCUUUCCAAAGGUAUAAAGGUGACGAGGAGACACUGGACUUAUGCAAAUGGAAACAUGGUUCUUCCUCUGCUACAAGGGUUGAACCGCCUCCUCUGAUUGGUGGUUCACUGGCAGUGGGUUGAAAUGAGAAGCUGACAGGAAAUGUUUGUUCACAAAAGAAAGUGCCUCUCAAUGAAAUGUAAAGGGUGCCAUACUGUCUUUGUUAGACAAAGAUGUUACUGUGAAUGACGUUUUUAUUGCUCACUCAGUCAUUCUAAUGGUAAGAAAUAAUGCCGAGCUUCCAUUCUCCAGGCAUUCCUCUCUGGUCUUAAUGUUUUUUACAUCUUUUAUCUCCCUUUUUCAUCUCUUGAUUUUACCAGAACUUGAAUUUUAAAUAGUCGUUGUAAAAAUAAUAAUUUAAUUGUACAUAUAAAAUGCCAUGUUUUAGCUGCUUUACUUUGCAUUUCCAUCARAUUGCAGGAUUAAGGACAGUAUUGUGGGAUGGCGAUGCUGUGAGGCCUGAACGGGUGKUGUUGACAGUUUUUGGUACUUCUCUGCUGUAGGAGGGGAACGCUUUAAUGAGCCCAACAGUUUGUAUCAGAACAGUGUUCCUCUGAUUGUGAAGGAUGUGCACAGACUCCUGAAACACUGGAAAUAAAUUUGAUCAAUGGCGAGA